UGACCAUUAUUUACAAAAUUUUAAAGCGAAGAAACAAAGCCAUUGUUCUUUAAAAUUUGUAAUAAAUGGAGAACAUGGUUUUCGUUUUUGCUCUACUUUUAUGCAAUGGAGUUGCUUUUGCUGCCAGCUUUCGUCAAGAUCCAAGCGUUAACCUCAAAACAUUGGUAAAUGAUUAUGGUUAUGCGGCCGAGGUUCAUAAUGUGAUAACUGAAGAUGGAUAUAUUUUGGAAUUGCAUCGAAUUCCAGGAGUGAUCAAUAAAACAUUGAGUGAAACAAAAAAGAGAAAAGUAGCUCUAUUAUUACAUGGCCUCUUGGGUUCUUCAUUUACUUGGCUUGUUACAGGACCCAAACGAUCACUAGCUUUUAUUUUAGUGGAUAAUGGUUAUGAUGUCUGGUUGUUGAACAAUCGUGGAAGUACAUACAGUAGAAAACACAUAUCAAAAUUAGAAACAAGUUACGGAUUUUGGGACUUUAGCUGGCACGAGAUGGGAAUUUACGACUUACCAGCCACAAUCCAUUACGUUUUGAAUAAUACAGAUCAAAGUAAUCUUAAUUUGGGCUGCUUUUCUGAAGGGUGUACUCAAGCUUGUGUUAUGGGAUCCCUAAAACCCGAAUAUAAUGAAAAAAUUAACUUUGCACUAGCGUUGGCUCCAGCUGUUUAUUGGACGUAUGUCGGAGGCUUAGUCCGUUUUUUAAUACCAUUCACUAGAAUAUUGGUGAGAAUCUUCGAGAGAGUGGGAUAUUUUCAACUUCUUCCAGCUUCAACUCUACUUCGAAUUUUAACAAGUUUUGUUUGCAGUGAGAAAAGCAUAUUUCAGCCUGUUUGCAUUUCCGUUAUAUUUUCAGUUGUCGGCGUUGGAUAUGAACAAUUGGAUCGGGCUAAUGUGGAACUUUUUCUAACGUAUGAGCCUGCUGGUGCUUCAAUUAAACAACUGUUGCAUUACGCCCUUGGAACCUAUUAUCCUGGCACUUUUAGACUUUUUGAUUAUGGUCCCGUAAGAAACUUACGAUUGUAUAAUUCAAUUUCGCCACCGGACUAUCGUUUGGAAAACGUUAAUAUCCCAUUUGCUAUUUAUCACGGUCUAAAUGAUCUUUUAGUGAGCCCCAAGGAUAUAGAUUUACUUAAAGGAAGACUUCCGAAUAUCGUCGACGCUUAUCUCGUACCUGGAAAAUUAAAUCAUUAUGAUUUCAUGCUUGGCCUCAAUAUUAACCAACUUUGUUAUAAACGUGCCCUGGCAUUAAUGGAAAAAUAUAAUCAAGAAUAAUAUGAAGUACUAUAUACAUCAUUCAUGGAACUCAAAUUAUUUUAGGAAUACAUUAAUGUAGAGCACUGAAAAUUUAUUUCAGAUAUAUCUUUAUAUAAUUCUAUAUCUAUUGCAGAUUACAUUACAUGCGAAACAAGUUAUGUGAAAUUUUAGGAUUUUUGAUCUUGUACCUUGUACCUCAUAA